UCUGAAAUCAAUGUUUUAGCAAAUGUGACAUAGUAUUUCUUACAAUCCGCACAUUGUGAUUUAUUUAUCAUUGAAUGAAUUAAAUACAUUUUUGUCUGUUCUCGGGGACUAUAAUUAUGACUUUUAUCCGAAGGUGCAUAUUCCCUUGCAACAAAUACAUACAGAAAUGUCAAAACAGUUUUAUCAUCAGGAAAUACAGCAAUAAGAGCGAGCAAUCGGAGCUUAUCCCAUCCGCGAGCGAGGCGGCGUGGCCGCGGCGCGUGGUGUCGGGCUUGCAGCCGACAGGCACGCUGCACAUCGGUAACUACUUCGGGGCAGUGCGCCGCUGCGUGCGGCUGCAGGACAGCGGUGACGAUCUAAUGCUUUUUAUAGCUGACCUGCACUCGCUCACCACACACCAGGAUCCAGAUUCGUUGCACGCGAACACACUGGAGUUAACUGCGACACUGCUGGCGAGUGGUGUGGAUCCUGAACGCAGUAUUAUGUUUGUGCAAUCAUCAGUGGCGCGUCACGCAGAGCUCUGCUGGCUUCUUGCGUGCCUUGCCACCAAUGCACGAUUAGCUCAUUUGCCACAAUACAAAGAGAAGUCUGCCAAAAUGAAAGAAGUCCCAAUUGGUUUGUUACUAUAUCCUGUCCUUCAGGCGGCAGACGUGCUGGUGUACCGCGGCACGCACGUGCCCGUGGGCAUCGACCAACUGCAGCACCUGCAAGUGGCGGCGCAGCUCGUGCGCACCUUCCACCAUCGCUACGGACGAGUUUUCCCCACGCCGCAAGCCAUUCUAUCAGGGGAUGGUAGCGAGCGGUUGAGAAGUCUACGAGAUCCUACCAAGAAAAUGUCCAAAUCGGACUCCGAUCCCAAGUCGCGGAUUCUGCUAAGCGACCCCGACUCUGUCAUCGAACUGAAAGUGAGAAAAGCCGUAACCGAUUUUACGCCUCAGGUGACGUUCGACCCGGAGUCGAGGCCGGGCGUGUCGAAUCUGGUGAUGUUACAUUGCCUUGCCGAAGAUAAGCUGCCCGAAGAGGCGGUGGAAGAAGCAGAGGGCUUGACAACAGCUCAAUAUAAGCGAGUCGUCGCCUCCGCGCUUUGCUCAGCCAUACGUCCCGUGCGAGAGCGAGCCGCACGCCUGCUGGAGCGGCCCGCAGUGCUGCGCGACGUGCUGCGGCUGGGCGCGGCGAGAGCGCGCGUGCGCGCCGACGAGGUGUACGAGGACGUGGCAACGCGCCUGGGCCUUUCGGCGACUGUUCUGGCGGACACGGCGCGCGCCGCAGCUCGACGCCGAUGAUUAGAGACGGAGGUGCUGUGUGACGUGGUGCUGCAACGGCGCCAGCGCAUGCUCUACGAGAGGCGCGGGAUGAGCGGCGUGGGCAGCGUGCGCGGAGG